GGCAGAGCAGCACCCAUAGCCCUACACUCUUGGUGCUGGCUAUGGGGCAGAGCAGGCCAGGCAUGCGCGUGGGGCCGUGGACAGGCUGCAGCACGCUGCACCGAACCCAGCCCUGCGGUGGCAGCCCCGGCUCCCGGCUGUGGCCAGCAAUGGAGCAGCCAGCACCCAUCGCCCAACCCUGGGGCGUCGGGAGGGCUGGGAGCCACAGGGUGCCACCGAAUCCAUGGGGAGGGGAUGGAGCAGUGAGGUGCCAACCCAGCAGGCUGGGAAAGAAGGGGAUUGGGGCUGGUGGGGUUUGGGGUUCCCCCUUAUUUCUAUACCCACCCCACGUUCCGGGUUGGCGUUGGUUGGUUGGUUGCAGAAGGGUUAAUAGCUUGUAUGUGUGUUCUGGGAAGCGGGGCUGGGAGGUGCGUGACCCGGGGUGUGGGCGUCGACUCCCUUUUGAGGUGGGAUCCGAGAGAGAGAGAAGAGAAAGAAAAAGAGCUGAAGUGCAAAGCAGGGGAGCCAAGUUCACACAGCAGCACCCUGCACCCUCCCUGUGUCGGCUGGAGCAGCGCCCCGGCCACGCGGCCAUAGGCGCCAGGUGAGGACGAUGGCGAGCCCCGAGGACGACCUGAUCGGCAUCCCCUUCCCCGAUCACAGCAGCGAGCUGCUGAGCAGCCUGAACGAGCAGCGGCACCUCGGGGUGCUGUGCGACGUCACCAUCAAGACUCAGGGCUUGGAGUACCGCACUCACCGCGCCGUGUUGGCCGCCUGCAGCCGCUACUUUAAGAAGUUAUUUGCGGGACAGGGACCUGGGCAGGAGGUUUGCGAGCUGGACUUUGUAGGACCGGAGGCUUUGGGGGCUCUUUUGGAGUUCGCUUACACCGCCACGUUGACCAUCAGCAGCUCCAACAUGGGUGAGGUGCUGCAGGCAGCCCAACUGCUGGAGAUCCCGUGCGUUAUCGCCGCCUGCGCCGACAUCCUGCAGUGCCACGGUUUGGAAGCUCCCGGUCCCGAUGAUGACGAUUGUGAACGAGCCCGUCGUUACCUGGAGGCUUUUGCCACCCUCCCCGACGGGGACCCCCCAGCAGCUCCCCCCGCCCGCCCCGCAGCCCGUCGUAGCAAGAAAACCCGCAAAUUCCUACAGGCGAGGGGGGCCCGCAUCAAUAACCACAACGAGGAGCCGCCCGCUGAGGCCGAAGGCUCCCGCAGCCCCCUGCCCGCCCCGCAGCCCCCAUCCCCGCCCCCGAUGCCCGAGGGGUUGGCGCAGCCCUACGAGGCUUUCGAUGUAGCCGAGGAGGAGGAGCUGCCCCCGCACGCUUUCCCCUUCCCUUAUCAGAUGUCCCCCGAGGAAGGUGGUUCGGACGACGAUGUGAUCGAUCCCGAUCUAAUGGCUUAUCUGAGUUCGCUGCAUCACGAGGCGCUGGCGCCCGGGCUGGAUAGUCCCGAUAAAUUGGUUCGGAAAAGGAGAUCCCAAAUGCCCCAGGAAUGUCCCGUGUGUCACAAAGUCAUUCACGGCGCCGGCAAACUGCCCCGGCAUAUGCGCACUCACACGGGGGAGAAGCCGUUCGCCUGCCAAGUGUGCGGCGUGCGCUUCACGCGGUGAGUGAUGCCGGGUCCCCCUGUGUGCCCAUG